CGCCGCGAUCGAUCAGUCGCCGCCCGAAGCACGGAGUGGAGAGUCGAGUGGGGCUCGUCCAUCACGAGAGAAGAGAAAAAGGAAAGGAGAAAAAGGGAAAGAGAAAGAGAGAACGAAAGAGAGAGAGAGGGUACGAUUAAUACAUAGCUUGCAGGAGAAAUAAAUCGGCGCGCGUGGAGAUCGACGGCGACUCGGAGACGGGAGUAACAUGCCAGUGAAGUGCGUUGUCAAUCGGGAAAAUCGUCACGAGACACCGCUAUCUCCAUCGGUAUCCGUAUCCGCGCAGGCGAUCGCAUCGAUACCCGCGCUCACCGCCGCGUCGCACCGCUGCUCCUGAGGUAGGAGAAAUAGCAAUCGAUGACGCCGAUGACGCUGUGCGCGGCCGAUCGUGCGAACGCAAAAUAUAACCUCAUCGGUGCGUAAGAUGCUACAACUUUUAUCGCUUCGACCGGAGAUACCGCUGUUUCGAGAAAGAAGCUGAUCGGCGCACGCUCGUCGUGUGUGUGUGUCUGUGCGUUUGCGUACGCGCGCGUGGCUCGCACGUCCAACGUUGUUUUCGCAAUCAUUAUCGGAGCCGCUCAUCAUGAAAGUGAUCGUGAAGAAGCUGCUGGGAAAAGAAUGUGUCGUUGACAUAUUGCCAUCGGAGACAGUGUUGGAGUUGAAACACAAAGUGAGCGAUCUGUUAGGCAUCGAUGUACCACAACAAAGAUUAUUACUCACUGGCAAAACUUUAGCGGAUGAAAAUCCACUAAGUUUCUAUCCGGGAAUCAAAGAUGGCAGUAAAUUAAAUCUCUUGGUAAUUAAAAAAACAGAGGAGGGUUCCAGCAAGGCAAAAUCUUCGCCUCAACAAAAAUUAGGCGUUCAAUUGUUGAGAGAUGAAGUUUCCAGAGUGCUCAGGCAUUACUACACGGUAUCUGAGACAGAGUCCAUAGUCAAUGAGCUGAUAAAGGACUUGAAAAGCAAAGUGAAUAGCCUUAGUUACGAUGAUCUAGAGAGAUUAGCCAUUGCGUUGCUCCAGGACCAAGAGAAUGUAGCUUAAGAAUAAUUGAAAAUUUUUCAAUUCUGCUUACUGAUUGAUUAUUGUAAUACGAGUUUAUUUAAUUGAAGCAUUAUCUUAUACAUAUUGCGCCUCUUAAUAAUUGGUAUUUUGUAAUUAAAUGUAUUUAAAUCAAAUAACCAUGAGAUUUAAAAAACAUACCACUUUACGUAAAAUUAAAAUUUAAACGUAAUUCACUUUAUUAAAAUUAUUGUAUGUGUACACGUGUCACAUUGUGUUAUGAAUAAUUAGGUUAAUUAUGUAUUGGAAAAUUCUUAAGGAUCUGCCAAAUCUAAUUGACGGAAGUAUCUCGCUACUAAACAGAUGAAUAAAUUCAACGCCCCUA